AGGAUGCUGCAGAGCGACUCGCUGCAGAUGAACAUGAAGUUGCGGAACCGCAGAGCGCUGCAGUCGCUCAUGUCGGAGUACGUUAGUUCCGUCGUUGUCAGCCCGCAGCUCGUGAGGCACAUCUGCGAGGAGGAGAUCAACGAGACAUACCUCGACUACUUGACGGAGUUGAACCGGAAGUUGGACCACGUCAAGCAGCAGGAGAUGCAGAAGUUGCCCUCCUGUGCGCAGUCGGCGCCCGAGCUGGAGAAGCUCCGGACGAAGGCUGUGGCGAGAAUAAAAGACUUCCUGUUGCAGAAGAUUAACGCCUUGAAAAAGCCCAAGACGAACCUGCAGAUCUUGCAGAGGAAUGUGCUCGUUCGGUUCAAGUUCUUCACCCAGUUCUUGGCCGAACACCAUCCGGCCGUGGCUGACGAGGUGAAGCAGCACUACGUCCUGACGAUGAGCGGCGUCUACCUCAAGCAGUUCAAGACGUACGUGUCGUCUUUGCAGAAACUGGAGCUGGAGUACUCCCCGACGAAGGCGGACCUGCUGGUCAGCGGCGAGUGGCACUCCGGCGGCGCCGCGGGCCGGUUCCUGGACGGCCUCGGCCUCGGCAGGCCUCGGCCCGCGCAGGACAAGGGCAACGUGUUCUCCCUGUCAGGCAGAGAUGCGCUCCUCGGCGAGCUGGACAAGGAUCCCAUCAUCGCCCACACGCAUAAGGACAAGGCGAAGUACUACCACGAGCAGCUCUUCCGCAGCCACCAGAUGCUCCUGAUGGACACCGCGACCUCGGAGUUCCUGUUCCUCACGGACUUCUUCGACACCCGCGGCGACCAGGCGUUGUUCGUGGAGGUGUUCGGGAAGACGACGGCAUUCUUCCUCGACUCUCUGGAGCAGUUCUUGGCCACAUGUUGGGAUUCGGUGGGACUCCUCCUGAUGGUCCGGAUCGUCGAGUUCUACAGGGGGUGCAUGCGGAGGCGGCAGGUCAACUGCCUGGACAGCUACCUGGACGCCCUCCAGCUGCUGCUCUGGCCGCGGCUGCGGGCCGUGCUGGACGCCAACAUCUCCUCGCUGCGGAAGGCCUCGCAGCAGGGCCUCGUCGCGGCCGCCGACACGCGCCCCCACCUGCUGACGCGGCGAUACGCGGAGCUGGCGCGCC